AUGAGGGAAGCCAAAAGAAAAGUAAAAUCUAAACGACUGGUGAGAAAAGAGAACAUAAGACAUAUUGAUAAUCAGAAAAAGGAUUCGGUAAGAGAAGUUAAAGAUGCUCUUUACUUUGAUGUACAAGAUGCAGUGCAGAAGCUUAAGAGUCUAGAGACUACUCAUCCAGGUUUUCAGAGUUGUGCUAUGAAUGAUAGUAAAGAAACAGAUGAAGAAGACUCGAUCUAA